GGUUGCUGCUUGCUAUAAAGUAGCUCUUCCUACCCCUCGUUGUUCUCCCUCGCCUCCGCUGUCUUCUCUCUGUUACGCCUUCAGGAAGCGGAGGAAGCUCGGAGGGGGAAGUCCGGCCUCGAUCUCUUCUUCUUCUCGCAUCCUUGUAGAAAGAACUUUAGAAAAUGGCAGAUGCCGAGGAUAUCCAACCUCUUGUCUGUGACAACGGUACCGGAAUGGUCAAGGCUGGAUUUGCUGGUGAUGAUGCACCGAGGGCAGUAUUUCCCAGUAUUGUAGGCCGACCUCGUCACACGGGUGUCAUGGUUGGCAUGGGCCAAAAGGAUGCAUAUGUUGGUGAUGAAGCCCAGUCUAAAAGAGGUAUCCUCACCUUGAAAUACCCCAUCGAGCAUGGCAUUGUUAAUAACUGGGAUGAUAUGGAGAAGAUCUGGCAUCACACUUUCUACAAUGAGCUCCGUGUUGCCCCUGAGGAGCACCCUGUGCUGCUCACUGAGGCCCCUCUCAACCCCAAGGCAAACAGAGAGAAGAUGACCCAAAUCAUGUUUGAAACAUUCAAUGUACCUGCCAUGUAUGUUGCAAUCCAAGCAGUUCUAUCACUAUAUGCUAGUGGUCGUACAACUGGUAUUGUUCUUGACUCGGGAGAUGGUGUUACCCACACUGUCCCAAUUUAUGAGGGAUUUGCACUUCCUCAUGCCAUCCUUCGAUUGGAUCUUGCUGGCCGUGAUCUCACUGAUGCUUUGAUGAAGAUACUUACUGAGAGAGGCUAUUCUUUCACCACCACUGCAGAGCGGGAAAUUGUUAGGGAUAUAAAGGAGAAACUUGCUUAUGUUGCCCUCGAUUAUGAGCAGGAAUUGGAGUCUGCCAAGAGCAGCUCCUCUGUAGAAAGGAGUUAUGAGCUGCCUGAUGGGCAGGUCAUCACCAUUGGUGCAGAGAGAUUCAGGUGUCCAGAGGUUCUUUUCCAGCCAUCCCUGAUUGGAAUGGAAGCUGCUGGAAUCCAUGAAACUACCUACAAUUCCAUCAUGAAGUGUGAUGUGGAUAUCAGGAAGGACUUGUAUGGUAACGUUGUGCUCAGUGGAGGAUCAACCAUGUUCCCUGGUAUUGCUGAUCGUAUGAGCAAGGAAAUCUCGGCCCUUGCUCCAAGCAGCAUGAAGAUUAAAGUUGUCGCUCCACCCGAACGGAAGUAUUCUGUUUGGAUUGGUGGUUCUAUCCUUGCAUCCCUCAGCACCUUCCAGCAGGUACGAUGUGGAUUUCAAAGGAAGAGUAUGAUGAAUGUGGUCCUGCAAUCGUGCACCGGAAGUGCUUCUGAGAUCCAGCACCGGUCGGUCAUGUCCAGGCAGUUUUUUAGUCCAAGUCAUGUAGGGUUGCCGGGUUGAGAUUUGGUUUCUAGAAACAUGAUAAUAUUUGCUUCAGCCUUCAGUCGUAUAUGAACUUUGCCAGCCUAGUUAUUAUUGGUGGAUGGAAUUUAAAAAUUAAAAAAAAAAAAAAAGAUAGAAAAGAUGAGUAGCACGCUCUCUCCUUAUCUAUGUCAGCCAUAUUGUAGGCCAUGAAGUCUGGUAGUUUUUCUUGGAUUUUCACUUGGUUCGUGAACUGUAUUCGUUAGCACUUGGGAUGUUGUUUGUUUUAUUUGAUUUAUUGGUACAAUAUUGUAUGAGAAAAUUUGAUUGUGUCUUA